AUGGAAUCAACCUAACCAUUUUAUUCUUGCAAUCCAGUAUAGAUAAUUAAUGAAAACGCUGCGGAAAUUUUUAUUGAUGAAACAUUAUUUUAAGAUGGAUAUUUGAAAGCAACUUCUAAUAGUAUUUCACCUUCUACAAAUGCGUUUUGGAUUAAAAAUAUACAAGGAAAAACUUCUAUUAAAAAUAGUUAAUUUUUUAAUAAUUAUUCGACAGGUAUUUAUAAUAAUUUAAAGAUUUUUUCUGAUUCGAUUAUUUGUGAGAAUAAUAUUUUUAGAAAUAGUUCUUUUCCUUUGGUUAAUUAAAAUCAGAAUUAAUAAUUAAAUUACAAAAAUAUUAGAAUAAUAGGGGGAUUUAUUAAUGCUGUUACAUAAAAUAUAUAAAUUUUAAACACAUCUUUUACUGAUUCUUAUGCUAAUGAAGCUUCUUUUAUUUAAUUAUAGACUUUUUCAAAUAAGAUUUAUUGUUUAAUUUCAAAUUCAUUCUUUAGUAAUGGAUUUUCUUUAAAAUCUGGGGCAAUAUUUAUUGAUGUAUAAUUACUUUAAGGUAAAUUAGAAAUAAUAAAAACUGAAUUUAGAAAUAUUUAUUUAACAAAAAAUAAUGAAAAUUUAAUAUAAUUUAGUAAUAAUUAGAAUAAAUAAAAUUAUGAUAUUUUAAUUUUUUAAGAUAUUUUAUUUGAAAAUAUAUUUUCUAAUUAUUAAUGUAGUUUAUUAGAAUUAAUAAAUACUAAUAUUUUUAUUGCGGAUAUUAAAAUUUAAGGAUCUUAAUCUAAUUUACUUAUUCAUAAAUAUUUUGAAAAUCAAUAUUAAGAUUUAUUUCCUUGUAGUCAAAUAAAAACUGAACAAACUAAAAUUUUAAUUUAAAAUUUAUAAAUAAGUUAUUUAUUUUAUAAAACUAGUAACUUAAUAAAAGACAUUUCAUAUAAUAUAUUACUUACAGAUACAUUUUCAGAAAUAAGCUUAAAUAAUAUAAAAAUAUCAAAUAAUUAAUUAUUAUUAAAUUAAAAAAUAAUAUAAGCUUUAAAAUCUAAAAUAAAAAUGCAAUAAAUAUUCAUAGAAUAAAUAAACUAAAAUAAUGAAUUAAAAUUUGAUUUAGACAAUAUCUAAAACGGAAUGAUUUAUUUAUAAUAAAGUACAUUAUUCGCAUAGGAAUUAAAAAUUAAAUAAGUUAAUUGCUUUAAUUGCCUUGGUGGUAUAUUUAGCUUAUAUGAAUCUCCUUCAGAUAUAUUCGAUAGUAUUUUUGAAUAAAUAAUCGCAAUUAAUGGUGGUUCAAUAUACAUAAAUAAUCCUUUAGAUAAUACUAAUAUUAUUAAUUGCUAAUUUAUUGGAGGUUAGUCAAAAAAAAAUGGAGGUGCGAUCUCAGUUGAAAUUGAUAUAGAUAGAUAAUAUAAAAUAAAUAUAAAUAAAAGUAUUUUUAAAUAAUUAAAAGCAGAUGAAAAAGCAGGAGCAAUAUACUUAUAUUAAGAAUUCCUUCCUUCUAUAUAAAAUGAAAUUUUAAUAUAAAAUUCAACCUUUUAAGAAUGUCAAGCUAAAAUAGGUGGUUCUUAUACUUAUACUGGAAUAAUCCCUAAAACAAAAAAUUUGUAUAAUAUAUAAAAUAAAGCUUCAUUAUUUGGAUAGAAUCAGUAUUCGUUUCCCAGUAAAAUUAAUUUAAUAAAUACUAGUCCUUAAAUAAUUGUUAAAAAUGAAACAUUUGCAAUAAUUUAAGAUUUUAAAAGUGGAGAUUUUAUUGGAUAAUUAUAAUUUUAACUUUAAGAUUAAUUUGGAGAAAAUAUUAAAUUGUUAGACUUUGAAGAUAUUGUAAUUAAAAAAAGCUAUUUAGAAAUCGAUCCAAAUCAGGAUAAAAUAGAAGAGUAUUAAAUAUAAGGAUCUCAUAAUUUUAUUUAUGAUACAGAUAAAUAUAUCUUUAUUGUUUAAAAAAAUAAACUUAUUGGAAUUCCAGGAUCAGUUUUAAAUUUAUUAUUACAUGUAGAAUAAAUAAAAUAAAUUUAAGAUUAUUAAAUUAUUGAAAAUAAAUAUAUAUUUAAAAUUUAAAUUAAUAUUAGAGAAUGUUAAUUAGAAAAUUAUUAAAUAAUUGAAUGCUCAAAGUGUGAAAAAACUACUUAUUCAUUAGGAGAUAAUAAUGAAUGUAAAAAAUGUCCAGAUGGUGCCGAAUGCUUAGGAGGAAAUUAAUUAUAUAUAUUACCUGGAUAUUGGAGAGUAAGAGAAACAUCAAAUUUAAUUGAAAAAUGUUUUUAGUUAGAGACAAAUUGUAUAGGAGGUUUAUUCACAGGGAAUAAUCUUUGCUAUGAAGGACAUAUAGGUGCAUUAUGUGAGGAAUGUGAUAUUGAGGGUAUAUAUUGGCCUCAAAGAUUUGGAAAGGCCUAAAAUUUUUCAUGUACAAAUUGCAAAAAUAUUAAAGGAAAUUUUUAUUGGUUAGUAAUUAGCUAUUUUGUAAUAUAAGCUUCUAUUUUUAUAGCUAUUAAAGACGAUAUAUUUGCAAGAUAAGAAAAAUAUAUUCUAAAAUAAUUCCUUGAAAAUGGAACUUAUUUAAAUAAGAAAAAAGAUAAUAUUGAUUCAAAAACAACUACAUAUUUAAAGUUUUUUUCACAUUAUUUUUAAAUAAUUACUUCUUUAGCAGAUUUCGAUAUACAAAUACCCCAUGGAUUAUUAACAAUAUAAAUUCUUGCAGCUUAGCCAAUUAGAAAUGCUUUAAAUAGUUUAUAAUGUGCUUUAAUAAAUCUAAAUUUUUAAAUACCAAUUCAUUAUUUCUUAUAUAUAUUUUCAUGUGUACUACCAUUUGCAUAUUUAUUGUCAUUUUAUAUUCUAAUUAGAAUAUAUUAUUUAUAUAAGAAAAUAGUAUUUUCACACUAUAUUUUGAUAACAGCAGGAUUAUUUAUAUUCUUUUACAUUUAAACUGAUUUAGCCUCAAUGAUGAUAUAACUAUUAAGUUGUAGAAAAAUCGCAGAUAAAUUUUAUUUAAUAGGAAAUAUGUCAUAUGAAUGUGAUGAAAAAUUUGAUUAUUAUGCAAUUGUUUUGGUACUUCCAACAUUAUUUAUUUUCUUAAUUAUGAUUCCUCUUCUUUUUUUAAUAAUUCUUUACUAAAAUAGGUUUAAGUUAAAAGAUUAUAAAGUCAUAUUUAAAUAUGGAUAUUUAUUAAGAGAAUAUAAAUAAAGUACUUAUUAUUGGGAAUUUGUUAAAAUGAUGUAAAGAAUGCUCAUUAUUUUUGCAAUUAAUUUCUAUUCUUAAUAUUAAAUUAUUAAAGGUUUCCUCAUUUUAAUGAUUUUACUUAUAUAUCUGAUUCUUAUUAAUUAGAAAAAACCUUAUCUAAAUCCAGAUAAUAACCUAAUUGAUAUUUUUUUGACUUCUACGUGUUUUGUUACAUGCUUUUUUGGUGUUUUUAUUUAUAAAAAUGAAUUUAAGUAUUUUAAAUAUUCUUCUCUUAUUCUAAUUAUUGCUAUAAAUAUUGCAUUUAUGUGUUUCAUAACUAAAAAAAUAGCAUAUGUUUAUAUUUUAUAGUUAAAAUAAAUUUUUAUAAACCUAAUACUUCAUAGAAAAAUAAGAAAGUUUUUUAAAAUAAAAUACGAUCCUGAAAAAAAAUAAAAAGAAAUAAAUUAAAAAAUUAGAAAUGUUAAAAAUAAAAUAUGUAGUGGAAUUUAACUAAUUAGAAGUAUUUAUUUAUUAAUUCAUAUAUAUAUAUAUAUAUAUAUAUAUAUAUAUAUAUAUAUAUAUAUAUAUAUAUAUAUAUAUAUAAUAAAAAGGUUUUACUAAAGAAGAAAAACUAAAUAUUUAUUUGCUUAUUUAUUGUAAUUUUAUAUUUUAUUAAAUUUUAUACUCAUAAAAAUUAAUAUUAAUAUAGCACAUUUUAAUUAUAAAUAGAAGAUUCCUGUUUAAAAGAUAUAAAAACAAAGUACUACUAAUAAAAAAACUUUUGAUAAAAUAGAUGGAUUUAAUACUAAUAAAAAUGAAUUAAAACAAUGUAAAUUUUUUUAUAUUAUUUUUUAUUUGAUUAAUAAAAAGAUAAUUAAAGUAAUAGCCUUGAUAUUUUUAAUAGUUUGA